CAUCAGAUACCGGAGGAAAUACUUGGCGACAGACAAUUGCAAAAUGCGAUAUGUCAGCUGCCUAAAAAUUACAAUUUUGAGGUAUACAAAACAGUCUGGAGAAUUAAGUUCACAAAAUCUAAGCGGGUUGCCUUGCAGUUCCCUGAAGGGCUUUUAAUGUUUUCUUGCCUCAUUGCUGAUAUAAUCGAAAGAUUUACUGAUGCAGAAGUCAUAAUCAUGGGUGAAGUUACUUAUGGGGCGUGUUGUGUCGAUGACUAUACCGCGCGUGCCUUAGGAGCAGAUCUGAUGAUCCAUUAUGGACAUAGUUGCCUUGUUCCUGUUGAUCGUACCGGUGGAAUCAAAAUGCUGUAUGUAUUUGUAGAUAUCAAAAUAGAUACAGUGCGAUUAAUCGAAACUAUCAAGCACAACGUAUCGAAAGAAUUAAACAUAGCACUGGUGAGCACUAUACAGUUUGUGGCAGCAUUGCAGGUAAUAAUAUCGAAUGAACUAUCACAUGAUUACAAUGUUUCCGUUCCUCAAUGCAAGCCUCUGUCCCCUGGCGAAAUCCUUGGAUGUACAGCUCCAAAGCUAACAGAUGUCGAUGUUGUCAUCUACAUAGGGGAUGGCAGAUUUCAUUUAGAAGCUAUAAUGAUUGCAAACCCCGAUUUACCUACUUACAGGUAUGAUCCUUAUUCCAAAGCAUUCUCUCGAGAAUACUAUAAUAUCCAGUUAAUGAAAGAUAUUAGGUAUAAGGCAAUAUCUAGUAGUGUCCACGCUAGGAAGAUUGGACUAAUCCUUGGAACACUAGGCAGACAAGGCAGCAUCAAAAUUUUGCAGAACUUGCAAGCUCGUAUUACAUACCUAGGGUUGGAAUAUAUAACAGUUUUCAUGUCAGAAAUAUUUCCUGAUAAGUUGCAGUUAUUUCAAAAUGUGGAUGUGUGGAUACAGGUAGCUUGUCCAAGAUUAUCCAUUGAUUGGGGAACAGCAUUUAAGAAGCCUCUUCUAACUCCAUAUGAGGCUUCUGUAUUAUUUAAGACCAUAGAGUGGCAAAACAAUUAUCCGAUGGAUUUUUAUGCAAAUACUUCACUUGGCAAUUGGACUGUUAAUAAUUUAAAAAAUAAAGAGGAGAAGCAA